UGUGUGCCUGAGCACAGAGACUGAUGUGUUGUGUGAGCUGUGGCAGUAACAAUGCCUUCAGUUCAGUCUCUGAGAGAGUUUAUCAAUGAGCGACUAGCUGCUGCUGCUGAACAAAUAUUCUUGGAGUUUGAAAAAACGAUCGUCCAGUACGAGGAAGAGAUCGACCGUCAGCGCAGACUGCUGGAUAUCACCUGGAAACCCCAAAUCAAGCUGCACAGGACAGAUCUCCCACAGCAACAUGUCUCUAAGGAGGAGGAGGCUCUCAUGGAGGAGCAGCUCUGUAACCAGAAGAACUCCAGUCUGAACCAGGAGGAUCCAAAUCUUCCUCAUAUUAAAGAGGAAGAGGAGGAAGUCUGCAACAGUCAGGAGGGAAAACAGCUUGUUCUGAAGGAGGAGACUGAUACCUUCAUGGUGACUGCUGCUUGUUACAAAGGUGACCAAAAUGACCCAGACAGGGAGCAGCUCCUUUCUCACAGCACGGCUGUAGCUGAGAGCCGAGAUCAGGAAGGAAGGAAGGAAGUCAAUUUAGGAUCAACUAGAAAAAAACCCAGAAGUCACAACAAUGCAGAAGAUCCCACUACGUCAAGGAGUUGGUGUAGCUCUGAUAAAAGUAAAAAGUCUUUAAAAUGUGAUGUUUGUGAAAAAACCUUUAAGUAUAAUUCUGAAAUGAAAAAACAUUAUAGAAUCCACACAGGUGAGAAGCCAUUCUCUUGUAAAAUGUGUGGGAAAAGGUUUAUAUCUUCUAGUUCUUUGUCAAAGCACACAACAGGUCACACGGGUAAGAAACCUUUUUCUUGUACAAUAUGUGGGAAAAAGUUUUCAUAUAAUAGUGGUUUACUGAAGCACACGAGAACUCACACAGAUGAGAAGCCAUUUACUUGUAAAACAUGUGGGAAGAUGUUUAGAUAUACUUGUUCUUUAUCGAAACACAUGAAAACUCACACAGGUGAGAAACCGUAUCGCUGUAAAACAUGUGGGAAAAUGUAUAAUUCUAGAACUCAUUUGUGGGGCCACAUGAGAACUCGCACAAAGAGGUUUACUUUUGAUGCACAAUUAUUGGCUUAGUGAGCUGUGUCAACUUGAAAGUCACAUUUCUGUCGCAACAGUUGCUCUUUUCUAUCUGGUCAAAUGAGUUUGGUCACUUAGACUGAACACAUAACCUGGUCCAGAGCAGGUAAUUUUCAGUUUCAGUUUAAAAGUUGCUGGAAUGUGAAUGCAUUAACUUAGUAUGCUGAAAAUGUAAAAAAAAAAUGCUGUUAGUCUUGUUUCUAAUCUGCUGCCAAGUCUCUUUUACACCGAUUAAAUUGUAGCUAUUACAAGAACACAAAAACAAAAACAUUAAUUUCACUUUACAACAAACUAAAGCAAAUCCUUUAUGGGACUGUAAGCUUUAAAGAAACCUUGGAAAGAAAGGCGACUGUAGUUCUUUGAAUGUCUCGAAGAAAUUUUACCUCUUAGUCCUCUUAACUCCCACUAGGGCCUAAAUACGUGGGAUUCUCCAGCAUUUGGAGCUAAUGAGCUCGAAGAAUCACUAUUAGAAUAAAUAACUUGCAUCAAAAUAAUCAGAUUAACAGUUUCCUGCAGCAUUAAUUUUUUAUUAAAGUUGCAUUUUAUUUAUAUAUUUUUUAUGUUCUUCAUAGGUUUUUAAUCAUUUUAUCAUUAUCUGAUACUGUUUCUGAUUGACGCAGGAAACACUCACAUGAAGAAAGUUCACAUCCACUGUUGUGGUAGUGUUUUCUCUGACUGGGAUUUUAGUUUUGUUGAGUCAGUGAACACAAAGGAAGUUGAUCUUCAUUCAUUGGGGAAAAUUUCUUUUUGAAGAAAUGGAAGAUCUUGAAAGUUUAUUAAGGCUUGACAUUUUUAUUAGGGUGUUUUUUUUUUAACAUUAAUAUAUGUUUUGUUUGGCUGAUUUAGUGCAUUUAGAUCAAUUUACUGUUAUUUUUUAAAUUGUUUAAGAAUCAAGACCUGCUGUGCGAAUCUCAGGUACACAGAUAGGUAGGCAGGUAUAAACAAUUUUCAUUUGUUGUUGCUGCUGUUC